AUGACCCAUGAAUUCGAUUGUCCGUAUACUGUUGGAAACGUGAUCAAAAUACACUUGAAGACAGCAGAUGGUUUGGAGGCAACGGAAGAUGCCAAUAUCAUUAAAGCCUUCGAGCCGUUCACUCUUUCCUCUGUGGUGCUUAUUCGGAUGACCUGCUCCACUUUAGGAUUGCAGGGCAAUAUGAUUUUGAAGCUCUUCGAUCGGCGAUUUGCAACGCAGCUUCGAGAAGACGAAAAGAUUCGGCCCUGGACCCUAGACACAGAGAUGGAGUAUCAUCAAUUUAUCCUCGAUGGCGGUGCAUCGGAUUUCGUUACUCAGAUCAACGACGGUGAAACACCUGAAGGCAGUACAUGGAGUGCGGCUAUGGACGAAACUUAUCUUCACGAUCAUAUGUCAGAUCUCUAUAAGACAGAGGUUCAGGCAUAUAGCUACCUGAAGGAGAUUCAAGGAACCGAUAUCCCGCAACUACUCGCAUCCACUAUUAUGCCUGUUUCCCGCCCCGUUCAACUCAGGAGCGAAUAUAUCGAUAUUCCUGGAAUUCUUUUACAAUAUAUCGAAGGCUUCCCAUUAACCGAUAUUGCCAAAUAUACCCCAAGAGAAAGCUGGCAGGCCAUCUGCGAAGAUGCCAUUCGAAUUGUCAAUCUUAUCGGUGAUCUGGGAAUACUUGAUGAGGAUGUUAAGACAAGGAGCUUUAUAGUGCGUGGGAACUUGAAGGAUGGAUUUGAGGUGAUCAUGAUCGAUUUCGCGCUAUGCGAAUUCCGUCAAGACUAUUAA